AUGAUGUCCGCCACCUCGGUGAUCGCCGCGCUCGAUGACCUCCGCAGGCACGCGUCGGACCGGAGGACGAACAACCAGCGUGCCGUGGUGGUUCGCCCGCACGAGAACAAGCCUCACAGCGUCGACAGUGCGCCGUGGAAAGACGUCGCGGUGGGCGACGUGAUCAUUGUGCGCAGCGGCGAGAUGCUCCCCGCAGACAUCGUGCCGCUCGCCUCCUCCGGCGACGAGGGCGGAUGCUACGUCGAGACCGCCAACUUGGACGGAGAGACGAACCUCAAGAUAAAGACGGCCCCUGGGCCGGUCAACCAGGCGCUCUGCCAUGGAGGGCUCGAGGCCGAGGAGCUUGGGGAGCCGCUGCUGGACAAGGCCGUCAAGGGCAUGGCCGAUGUGACCGGUUGCGUCCGCGCCGAGCUCCCCCAGAAGUCCAUCCACACGUUCACGGGGUCGCUCACCUUGGAGGGCCGGUCCAGCGCUCAGCGGCUGGAGAUUCCGCUCGGGCCGCGGCAGUUGUUGCUGAGGGGCACGGUGCUUCGCAACACGGCGUGGUGCCUGGGCCUGGUGAUCUACACUGGCUCCGAGACGCGGAUGGUGAUGAACUCCCGGAAGGCGAGCCCGAAGUACGCUAACCUCGAGAAGGUGAUAAACGCGUCUUUGAUUGUCGUGAUCGGUGCGCAGUCGCUGCUAGCGUUCAUCAGUGCUGUGAUGCACAUCCAGAGCAUCGAUGGGCUUUUGGAUUUCUGGUACCUCUUCCCCGAGGGAAAGGCGCCUGAUAUAGUUCUUCCAGAUAUCAUCGGGUUCUGGCUCACAUUUUUUGUGCUGUAUUCGAAUUUGAUGCCGAUCUCGCUUUACUUCACUAUGGAGGUAUGUAACGUGGCCCAGGCGUACUUCAUCAAGAGCGACUUAGGAAUGUAUGAUGAGGAGCAGGACUGCCCAGCGAACGCGCGCUCCACAAACCUUGGACACGAGCUCGGGCAGGUGUCAUACAUAUUCUCCGACAAGACGGGCACCCUGACCCAGAACGUCAUGGAGCUGAAGCAGGUAUCGGUCGCUGGCGAGGUCUAUGGGCACACGGGAGCCCACCGCGGCUUUCAGGGGGGACCGGAGUUUGCCAGGGCGCAGCGAGAGAGCUCGCUGGCCAGAGGCAUCGACGCGUUCUUCGAGGUGCUCGCGGUAUCGCACACGGUCGUCGCAACGGUGGACCCGGGCGGAGGCCUGGUCUACGAGGCCGAGAGCCCCGAUGAGGGCGCGCUGGUCGAGGCGGCCGCGGGGGUCGGCUGGCGCUUCGUCGGCCGCGGCGCGACCUCGGUGUCCGUGUCGGUUCACGCCUCUCCAGAGCCGCUCGAGUACAGGCUGCUGGCGCUCAACGCCUUCACCUCGGACCGCAAGCGGCAGUCCGUGGUGGCGCAGCGGCCGGGCGGCAAGCGCGUGCUGCUCGUGAAGGGCGCGGACGACAAGAUGCUGGCGCGCGCGUCUGCGAGGGGGAAGCAGGACUUCCCGACAGAGCACCUCACGUACUUCUCCAAGUCCGGGCUCCGGACGCUGGUUCUCGGCAGCCGCGCCAUCGGCGAUGAUGAGUGGGCCUCGUGGCGGGAGGCGUACUCGCAGGCGCAGAAGGCGCUGGAGAACCGGGAGGAGAAGCUGGCGGCCGUCGCGGAACAGCUGGAGGUGGACCUGGACAUCCUGGGGGUCACGGCCAUCGAAGACAAGCUGCAGGUCGGCGUGCAGGAGACGAUUGUCAGCGUGCGCGAGGCUGGGAUCAAGCUGUGGGUGCUCACGGGCGACAAAUUGGAGACCGCCCGCAACAUCGGCUUCAGCUGCAGGGUGCUGAGCGAGGAGAUGCACAUCAUGGUCCUCGACUCGGUCCCCGCCGGGGCGCUGACCGAGGCGCUGGCCGAGAGGGAGCGCCAAGCGCGCGCGGCGGUGGAGGCCGGGCAGGUGGCAGCGCUGAUCGUGACGGGCCAGGCGCUCGAGGAGGUGUCCAGGGCCGCGGCGGCCGCGGGGCCUGCCGCGGCGGGCGCGCCACCCUCCAGCCGCGCCCGCGGGCGGCGGGUCUCGGAGGGCGGCGGCGGCGGCCCCCAGCGGCGGUUCCUGGCGCUCGCCGAGCAGUGCGGGGGUGGCUGGCGGAUUGCUUGCCGCGUCUCGCCCCUCCAGAAAGCGGAGAUGGUGAGGCUGGUGCAGACUGGCGUCAGCCCUCGGCCUGUGACUCUCGCCAUCGGCGACGGCGCGAAUGACGUGCCGAUGAUUCAGGAAGCGUCGGUGGGCAUCGGCAUCUCCGGUCGGGAGGGGCGACAGGCCGUCAACGCAGCGGACUUCUCCAUCGCGCAGUUCCGCUUCCUGAGGCGGCUGCUGCUGGUGCAUGGACGCUGGAACUACCGUCGGACUUGUAAGUUCGUCCUGUACUCUUUCUGGAAGAACACCGUGCUCGUGCUCAUCAUGUUCUAUUAUACGUUCGACGCUGCCUUCGGAGCAACAAGUUUCUUCGAGGAGUUCACCCGAGCGGUGUACAACUUCGUCCUGGGGCCUCCAAUCAUCGCUACAGGCAUUUUUGACUGCGAUGUGACCGAGGAGGAGGCUCUUAGCAUGCCGCAGCUGUACGAGGUGAGCCGCCGGGGCCUGGACCUGCACCGGCUCCGGAUUGUCGAGAUGCUUCUGUCGGCUGGCGUGCACUCUGUGAUAAUCUCAGUCACGCUGUGGCUUGCAUAUCCUGGUUUCGCUGCAAAAGACGCAGCUGAUUAUUACACGUUUGGCACAGCAGCAUAUUGCAUUCUGAUUGCUUCUAUGAAUUAUCGUGCGGGCUUCAUUACACGCACUUGGAAUGUGGGCGUGGCCGUUGCACACGCAAUGUCGUGGGUCGGAUACGGAUGUCAUGUUCAUGGCACUGUAUUGCGAGGUGGAGCCUGUGAGUAA